CCCCCUCCCCCCCCUCUACCCCCAACCCACCGAAGGAGAAAAGAAAACCAAAAAGCCAACCGAACCCGAGCCGGCCCCAGGAAAACUUGCCGAACUCGCUCCGCUCCAUGCGGCGCUGACCCGCAGCCAUGGCCAUGGUGGCCGGCGGGUGGGGAGAGCCCAACGGCGGCGGAGGAACGGCGGAGGAGGCGGCGUCCCCCGCGGGCGGCGGCAGCGACGCGGAGCACGGCGAGGAGGAGCGGCCCGGAGCGGCGGUGGACUGCGUGGUGUGCGGGGAUAAAUCCAGCGGGAAGCACUACGGCGUCUUCACCUGCGAGGGCUGCAAGAGCUUCUUCAAACGCAGCAUCCGCAGGAACCUCAGCUACACCUGCAGGUGGGUGAGGAGGGGCCGUGGGUGCCAGAUCGACCAACACCACCGCAACCAAUGCCAGUACUGCCGCCUCAAGAAGUGCUUCCGUGUGGGGAUGAGGAAGGAAGCCGUGCAGAGGGGCCGCAUCCCCCCCACCCACUCCAGCGCCAGCCCCACAGCCAUGCCCAGCGGGGAGUACUUCAACGGGCAGCCGGUAUCCGAGCUCAUCUCACAGCUGCUGCGGGCUGAGCCCUACCCUGCCGCCCGCUACGGCUCUCAGUACGCGCAGCAGGGCAGCGUGAUGGGCAUCGACAACAUCUGCGAGUUGGCCGCCCGCCUGCUCUUCAGCACGGUGGAGUGGGCACGCAACAUCCCCUUCUUCCCCGAGCUGCCCGUCUCUGACCAGGUGGCUUUGCUGCGGCUCAGUUGGAGCGAGCUCUUCGUGCUCAACGCCGCGCAGUCGGCGCUGCCGCUGCACAUGGCCCCGCUGCUGGCAGCCGCUGGCUUCCACGCCUCCCCCAUGUCGGCCGACCGCGUUGUCUCCUUCAUGGACCAGAUCCGCAUCUUCCAGGAUCAGGUGGAGAAACUCAACCGGCUGCAGGUGGACUCAGCUGAGUACAGCUGCCUCAAAGCCAUCGCGCUCUUCACGCCGGAUGCCUGCGGCCUGUCAGACCCGGCACACGUGGAGGGGCUGCAGGAGAAGGCUCAGGUGGCGCUGACGGAGUACGUGCGCUCUCAGUACCCAUCGCAGCCGCAGCGCUUCGGGAGGCUCCUGCUGCGCCUGCCCGCCCUGCGCGCCGUGCCUGCAGCCCUCAUCUCACAGCUCUUCUUCAUGCGCCUGGUGGGGAAGACGCCCAUCGAAACACUAAUCAGGGACAUGCUGCUGUCUGGGAGCACCUUCAACUGGCCCUAUGGGACGGGGCAGUAGGGAUGGUGAUGCUCCAUGGGGACGCUGCGAUUGCCGGCCCUCCCCCAAAUGCUGCCCGCUGCGGUGCCACCCGGGGGAGUCAGAACUGUGCCAAGAGAAGGGGAACCCUGAGAGCUGCAUGGCCACAGCCCCGUGCUCCGGAACCCAAAGGUACCACUGCUCACUGCGGGUGGAUGUCAGACUUUUCCUAGACCCCAUCACGCAGCCCCAGCAGCGUUCCUGGCUCUGGGAAGGGGCUCUGGGACCCCCACCCGAAUUGCAGACGUCGGGGCGGAGGCGAUGGAGCACACAGAUGAGAGGCUCUGAAAAGCCCCCUUUGUACCCUCCCAGGACAGACCUAUCUUUCCAGGACUGAAGCACCGACCCUGGAGCAGAGGAAUGCCCACCCCUCUCCCUGGGGGGCACAGGGUGGUGUUGG